AGCGGCGCGAGCCGGAGCCACCGCCUCACCCGGGGGGGGGUAACGUCCCCUCGGUCCCGCCAGCCGCGCGGGGCCAACGCGGGAGCCGGGAGCGCGGGGGAGGGGAGCGGCCUUGGGCCGGCGGGACUCGUCCGCGGGCUGCGAGCGGGGCCGGUGCAGGCCAGGGUCACCAUGGUGCACCUUGCUCAUCUCCUUCUGAAAAAUUAUCAUGGAGGACACGUUGCUAUCCGAUUGGCUCUUGGCGGCUGUGCCAACAGACCCUUCUUCCGUAUAGUGGCCGCAUAUAACAAGCGAGCACGGGACAGCAAGUAUUUGGAGCAAGUGGGCUGCUAUGAUCCACUCCCAAAUAGCCAUAAUGAAAAGCUUGUUGGCUUGAACAUCGAGAGGAUCAAACACUGGAUUGGUUGUGGAGCACAUGUCACAAAACCAGUUGAAAAACUUCUAGGUCUUUCUGGAUUUUUCCCAUUGCAUCCUAUGACGAUCACAAAUGCAGAAAGAUUAAGGAAGAGAAGAGCCUUGAAGGCUGAAACAGCUUCUGAGGAAGAAACUCCAGGUGACCAAUAACACCUGUCUGAACGGAAUUACUCAAAAGAUUACUGUGCAGACAACGAUCAGAACAGGGUGCCAACUAAAAAGGACAAUAUACGUACCAUAGGCAAAAACGAUAGUGGAUGUGAAUUAUUUCAUAAGAACAUUAAAGUAUUUUGAGGCUUUAGGAGGCCUCAGACAAGGA